UAUUAUAUUAUUAAUGCUCAUCUCAAAUACAUAUGGCUACAGUUUUUACUUAUUGGCAUGUAGUUGGCAGCAGAAAACAAAAAAGUGACCACAGUGUAGAUUGGUUUCGCGUAUGCUGCUGAUAGAAUUACAAGGUUGUAAUCAUUCUCCGGUGCUGUUCUUCCGGUCCUCAGGGGCGUGUCUGUAGCCCCGCCCAGUUGCGCGUUCCCGGGAAUUUCCGUUUUUUUUCCGCUGAAGACUGGAGCGGGUGACCGUCCGUUCUGAGGAUCGCCUGGUCAUUGUAUCCAGACAGCGACGCGUGGUCAGCAGCAUUUCCCGCAGCCUCCCCGUGCAACGCCAGAUAUCGAUACUGAAAGACGGUUAUGGAGUGUGAAAUGGAAAAGGAGGCUGCCUCCAACCUGGAGACACCCGAGGACUCCACAAACCCCGAGAAGCCACGAGCUGCCGAUGAAGAGCCCGGUCAUCUGGCACCAAACGGCGAUGGUGCAGAAGUUGGAAAUUUGCAAGAAACAGAAAAGCUGAUUGUGAUCGAUAAUGCGUCGCUGUCUGAGAAAGAAAGCCCUGUGGAAAAUGGCGACGAUGGCGCGCCCAAAGAAUCUGAAACGGAGUCUGUGUUGGGUGAAACGGCAUCGCCACAACCAGAUGAGUCAUCUGGACAGAUCUCCCAGCCAGUUUUAGCUUUAGGAAGCAUGGAACCAAAAGCCAUUCUGGCUGAACAACAGCCUGUGUCGGAGAAUGACCCAGAGCCUUUGCCUGUGAAAACGCAUCUGGCGGACAGUACCCCUGAACCAAAGCCAGAGAAACAGGGAGAAUCAGUUGCACAAGCUGAAAUACAAGAGCAAACAUCGCCUGAACCAACCGCGCUGCAGCAGUCAGAUACGCAGCCACCAAGCCAAGAAGAUAAAGUGUCAGGACAAGCCCAGUCCCCGACACAACUGCAGGCUGCAAUGGAGACUCAGGCGGAGCAUGUUGCUACAGCAGAUUCUACCAAGGAGGCGGGAGAGGGAAAACCAGAGGAGGGGAAAGUAGAAGAAGCGUCUUCACAAAAGGCUAAAGAGCAGGAUGAUGCUGAAGCUCCGAAGGAAGAGCACCCAGUCCCUGCAGCUGGCUCCCUGCUGUUUCCUCUACUGGAGAAUGAGCAGACCAAAGACACCCUGCGUACCUCUCGUGCCCUUGUUGUUCUCCGAGGCCUUCCAGGAAGCGGUAAAAGUGUCUUGGCCGGUGCCAUUGCUAAUGCCUACAAAGAUAACUGCACUGUCAUCUCUGCUGACGACUAUGGAGUGAAGCCAGAGAGCCCCGAGACCUCUGCAGAUGGAUACAAGGCUCUGGAUGAGGCCACCGUAGCCUGCUGCAGUGCCAAAACGGCUUUGUCUGUGCUGAUAGUGGUGGAUGACACCAACCACACCCAGGAUCGGCUGCUGCGCCUGGAGGAGAUUGCAGAAGUACACAAUCUUGUAGUCAUUUUCCUGGAGCCACAAACUGAAUGGCGUGGAGAUCCAGCACAGCUAAUGAAGAAAACCAAGCGUGGACUGAAUGAGGCCCAGCUGAAGGCCAUGAAAGGUCAAUUUGAGGAAAUGUUCAUUCCUUCUUUCUUUGCCUGGUUUCUUCUCCCCUCUGCUAAGGAUAUGGUUGUGUGUAAGUCUAUGGACUUCCUCAGAACAUUGGACACCAUGGAGGCCUUCAAGAAACACAUAACUGACUUCAGUGGAAAAGACGAGGAGAAGGAAGUGGACCUGGAGCAGUACUUUGAAGCCAAAGGACCCCUUCACUGCACUACGAAGUUCUGUGACUUUGGAAAAGCUGAAGGUGCCAAAGAGUAUGCAAUGAAACCUGCUGUCAAAGAUUUCUACGGAUCCACAUCUGAGCUGUCGCUCACUGCUCUCUUUGUGACGCCUCGCACUGUUGGUGCCAGAGUGUCCCUCACCGACGAGCAGCUCCUGCUGUGGCCAGACGAUGCCGAAAAGGAGGCGGAGUCCGUUGUCCCGGCAGCCUCCUCUCUGCCUCCAGGAAGCCGCGCCCACGUCACUUUGGGGUGCGCGGAGGGUGUGGAGCCGGUUCAAACAGGUCUGGAUCUGCUGGAAAUCCUGGCCCUGCAGAAGGAAGGCCAGCAGGGGGAGACGGUGGACGAGAUGGAGCUGGGCUCGCUGACCUACUACGGCGAGGGAAGGUGGCUGCUCAGCCUGAGGGAGCCUAUCUGCACCCCCGUCUGCUUCUCCAGCUACUACCAACGCAAGGAGGUGGAGCCACCCAAGAAGGAGGCUGAGAAGAAAAAGAAGCCAAAGUGCACCAUACUGUAAAUGACGUAUGCAAGGAUGUGUGCCGAUUAAAACCUAGGCUUGCUUUGUGCAAAGAUUUUGGGUUUGUGCAGUGUGUACGGAGUCAACCACCCUAAAUCCACAUGCUGUGUGCCUUUUUACUGUUUGUUUGCACCACAACCCAAAUUGCCUUUAUUAGUUAGGCUUGUUUUUGUCAACAUUAAAUACUUAGUUUUGCAUAUUGGUGCCAGAGUUAAAUUACCUGGCUGUUUGCUAAGGUGUUGUUAGCUGCAGUUUUAGGUAGCGUACCCUCCUUCCACAUCUUAAACUUAGACUUCCUCUCUGGUCAGUGUUCCUAGUAAUCAAACAUGACUGUUGAACUUGGUACUUUUGUUGCAUGCGUCGCCGGUUAAAGGUAUUAACAUGUUGACAUAUUUCAGACCUGCUAAAGGUUGUGCCUCUUCAUAUGAACUGUAAGGCGUUUUCUUCAGCUUAGUUAAAGCCUAGCUGUGUUUACUGUGCAAGUAUGUGUGCACAGCCUAGGAAAUAAUUGCGAUAGUGUGCGCCAAAGUAAUAAUUGUAUUAGAAUGUCAUUUCUAGAGGUCCUUCCUUGUAAAAUCUUUGCACUGUGCAUAGCUGGAGAGAAUGCUGAUAAUUUGGCAUUCAUUUCAGCAUCUUGCACUUAGUAAUUAUUAUAUGCUGUGAAUCAAAUCAGUGUUUUGAGAUGUUUUCUACUUCAUGAGACUGCACCAUGGACCCCUUUUUAUUAUCUUUGAAUAGCACUUCAUGUAUCGCAUUUUGACUUUUUGAAUGCUGACUCAUUCUUUGUGUAUCUCCUAUGGAUCACUAUUUUUGCACUUGUUUUGUACACUUAAUAAAAAAUGAACAUGCUUUGCUCCAAA